AUGUCAUUUGCCCGAUCAGCUAUCGCUUCUACACGAGCUGUUGUUGCUCGAUCCGGAAAAAGAGGGUUCACAUCUUCCAGCUCUCGAAAAUCAGAGUCAUUGUUCGUGCACCGAGACACAGACUACAACAACCCAUCUAUUAAAUUCCAAUUCACCCCUGAAAACCUCAAAAGAGCAAACGAAAUCAUCUCUCGAUAUCCAACUCAAUACAAGAAAGGAGCAUGUAUGCCGUUAUUAGACCUGGGGCAGAGACAGAACAAAGGCUGGACAAGUAUCAGCGUGAUGAACGAAGUUGCUAGACUGUUGGAUAUGCCUAAAAUGAGGGUUUACGAGGUCGCUACUUUCUACACAAUGUACAAUCGAGAACCCGUCGCACCGAAUUUCAUCCAACUCUGUACCACCACCCCAUGUCAAUUAGGUGGCUGCGGAUCAACCAAAAUCCUCGAAACUAUCGAAUCGAAACUCGGUAUCCACGCUGGACAAAGCACUAAAGACGGAAAAUUCACUUUAAUCGAGGUUGAGUGUUUGGGUGCUUGUUCUAAUGCACCUAUGAUGCAAAUUGGCGAUGAAUACUACGAGGAUCUUACACCGGAGACUACUGUGAAAAUACUCGACGCUUUGGCAAAAGGUGAAAAACCACAACCAGGUCCUCAAACAGGUAGACAAACUUCCGAAAACUCUGCUGGAUUGACUGCUCUUACAUCGAAGCCUUAUGGUCCUGGAGAGUUCUGUUCACCCGAGUUUCAAUAG